AAGCUAGACAGAAACCACUUUUUCGGAACCAUCUAUCAAUGGUUAUUCUGGCACGAGGCGAGCAUUUAGAUUUAAUAGAUUGACAUCAUUUAAAUAUUAACCUAUUAACCAUGCAGCCAGGGUAUGAACCCAAAACCUACCUUGAGAGAGACUAGUCAUUUCACUUAAGAGUGUGAGAAGUUUGUCACUUUCCUACACAUAUCAAAUGAGAAUUCAGAAUAAGUUGUGAAGUUCUUAUAGCAUGUACCAAAAUGGUUAAACUCAUCCCCCUUUUUGGAGGAGGGGAAGGGAGUGGGCAGAAUGGAGGUCUGGGCAAAAAGGCACCAGCCUGAUCUAAAGGCAGAUUUAACUUAAGCAGUCAUGAAAAUGCUCACAGCAGCAUGUAGCGAGUCUGGGUCCGUCUAGGGCAAUAAUUUCUGGGGGUUACUGAAAUCAUUGAUCCCUCUUAGGACUGUUUUAGUGAUUUUUAAUCAAAUCUGAAUCACUCGAUUUUUUAUUCUCAGUAAAGAGAUAGUGCUUAUCUCUCAGAGUUGCUCUGAAUAUUAAACAUAAAAUAGGUGAAAAUGAGUUAAAAGUGAUGAAUAUACAUUUAUUGCUCAGAAAAAUUUUUCGUCUCUAUUUAUAGGAAUAUAUUUCUUAGUAAACAUUAGCUCACUUUAUUAUUAUUUUUAGGAAGGCUGUUGGGAUGGCUGUUGGGAAGAGUCUUUACGAUGUUUUUGAAAUUGCUCCCAAAUUAAGUGGAUUCCUAGGAAUCUCCCUGUGUCUCCCAAUGUGGAUCCAUCGCUGGUCUCGGACCUCAUCAGUGUGCUUUUUAGUUCGUCUUUCAUGGUUGUCAUUACCAUACACUCCCUGUAACUGCCGGCCAUGGGGUUGCACUUGUUAGGUUAAUGCUUUGUAGUGUGUGGAGCCUGGAGUGUUGCGUGUCCAGUGCAAGUAGUGGCUUUGAUCCGUGUUCUAGUCCCCACCCUACCCUUGCUAGGUAGGUGUCACCUAAGAUCUAUAUUUCAGUUUCCUGAGCUGGAAAAUGGGAAGAAGAGCUGCUUAAUGAGGAUGAAGUAAGAUGAGGGAUGUAAGUGCCCGGUGAGAAAGGGUACUUGGUAAUUAUUAUUUGCCUGUGUGUUUGUGUUUGCCUUCUUUGAGAUAAUUCACAUACUAUGAAAUUCACCCACUUAAAGUGAACAGUUUAGAGGUUUUUAGUAUAUUCACAAGGUUAUGAAACCAUCACCACUGUCUAAUCCUAGAACAUUUUCAUCACCCCAAAAAGAAAACCUUGUCCCCCUUAGUGGUCACUCCUUAUCCCCCCUCUCCCCAGUCCCUGGCAACCACUAAUCUCUGUUUCUAUGGAUUUGUUAGUAGUUGUUAAUAUUAAUAAUAAUGGUAGCUGCUUGGUCCCCUUGCUGUUUAAAUGAAGUGUCUUUGCUGGUUUUGGACUUAUUGCCAUGGAAGUUGAUGUCUUGGAGAGUGUGACUGUAUAAUUUUAGCAACGGGAAAGCAUCACGCUGAAGUCAGGAUCUGAACGUUUGUUCUGCUGAGAAAGGAUUCGCAAACAAACAGCAUGGCCUUUGCUCUCUGGUCUGGCAGAGCGCAGCGUGCCCUUGGAGUGGAUACCUGCGUCACCACGGGGCACUCCCCCAGCCAGUUCCAGGGGACAGGAACGGCCGGGUCGGCUGGCAGUGUUUCAUGAGAGUGGUGUCAGCAGUUUCUGUGGUGGAACUUGGCUCUGCUGACUAAAUCCUUCAGACUCUAGAGCUGACCUGGACACUGUUGUUUUGAUGUUUCUUGUCAUAGUGCUCUGGUUCUCUUUGGUGAGGUCGGGAAGGCAGUCGAGCCCCAGGUGGUUACUUUCUCUAUGAAUCUGGGCAAAUCACUUGACCUCUAGGCCGUAACUUCCUCAUCUAUAAAAUGGGAACAAGAACUUCAUAUCCUCAGUCUUGCGUGUCUCUGUUCUUAGCUCUUGAGCCUAGUGGGCCUCUAGGCAAGAUGUCCCUGCCCAUCGGGAUGUACCGCCGGGCAUUCAGCUAUGAUGAUGCCCUUGAGGACCCUACACCCAUGACUCCUCCUCCAUCGGACAUGGGCAGCAUCCCCUGGAAGCCAGUGAUUCCAGAGCGCAAGUAUCAGGACCUCGCCAAGGUGGAGGAAGGAGAGGCCAGUGUCUCCUCCCCUGCCGUGGCCCUGUCAUCGGCCACUGACGGUGUGGACAAGGUCCCUGUGGUGAAGGCCAAAGCUACACGUGUCAUCAUGAAUUCUUUGAUCACAAAACAGACCCAGGAGAGCAUUCAGCGUUUUGAGCAACAGGCAGGGCUGACAGAUGCUGGCUACACACCCCACAAGGGCCUGACCACCGAGGAGAUCAAGUACCUUCGAGUGGCAGAAGCGCUCCACAAACUAAAGCUACAGAGUGGAGAGAUAACAAGAGAAGAGAAGCAGCCGGCUUCAGCCCAAUCCACCCCAGGCAGCACCCCCCACUCUUCCCCUAAGCAGAAGAGCAGAGGCUGGUUCGCUUCUGGUUCUUCCACAGCGUUACCUGGCCCAAAUCUUAGCACCAUGGAUUCUGGAAGUGGGGAUAAAGACAGAAACAUGGCAGAUAAAUGGAGCUUCUUUGGACCAAGAUCCCUCCAGAAGUCUGAUUCAGGAGGUUUCGCCACCCAGACCUACAGAGGAGCCCAGAAGCCUUCUCCAAUGGACCUGAUCCGUGCGCAGGCCACCCGAAUGGCCGAAGAUCCAGCAACUUUCAAGCCACCCAAGAUGGACAUCCCAGUGAUAGAAGGGAAGAAACAACCACCACGGACCCAUAAUCUCAAACCCCGUGACUUGAAUGUGCUCACACCCACUGGCUUCUAGAGCUAUUUCUAUUCCAGGGACUCUGGAUAGAGGGUGUCUUGUGUCAGCUCCCCUUUCACCUUGGCUCUGACAUAGGAAACUUUUUUUUUUUUUUGAAACCUCUUAAACUGAGGCUAGAGCUGGAGACAUAAUUGGUUUUUGAGAAACAUCAGUGCAAAGCUUGUCCUUGUGUGGAAGAAGCCAUUUUGUAUUGCUUUAAUUUAAGGUUAGACUAAAUAAUCUCAGCAGUGAUGUAUGGGGGACCUCAUUACCUAUUUUUGUAUCAUUUACCCUGGACAAGAACUUUGAUCAUUGCUUACUAGGUAAUAAUGUUUGUGUUGUUCCCAAACUGAGGCUUCUUGAUUCCUUUACUAUUGUCAACAUGCGCAUGGACUAGUCAUGGAGUAGAGGUGUUCACUGACUAGUUGAGACAACUUUGGCCCUCUUCACUGUGCUGGUAUUGGGUGCUCUAGCCUUGUCAGUGAGGAGGACCUAAGAUCUGUUUGAGAUCUGGGUAGUUAAAAGCCAGACCUGGCAGGGGCCCCUCCUGCACUGAAGCUGGAGGCUCCGUGCUUCUUGGCAGACCUGCUGGACCGCUCGUCCUGUAGCCAGUUCCCACUGUGGUCCCCUUGGGCCAUGCUGUUGGAGGGAUGCUUCUCUUUUAUGGGUCACAGAAGAAACAGUAGUCUUGCAUAUCUUUUGUUGCACUUUAACUCCAAUUUGGUUGAAAACUUCCUACAGGAGAAAAUUCAGUCUACUGGUUUGGUAUAGAUAAAUGGAUGUUAAACUUUUUUACAGUAAAGAAGGUGGUAACUACAGUUAGAUUAUAGCCUUGAGGUCGAUGUGAAACUGAUGUCGUCCUAUUUUGAUUUCCUUGUUCAGGCCAGGGCCUGAAACUUUUUUCUGGGAGGUUGAAGAAUUAAAAAAUUUUCUGUAUGCAAUCAGUUUUCCCUAAAAUGAGCCUCCUACCUUCAUAAAUAUACACUUUACUGAGGAAAUGAACUUGGGAAACCACCUUUUCAUUUCUCCUCACGGUGUACGUGUUCAGUCAUCAUCUUGAACACUCUCAAAUUCCUGCUGUUGUCUGCUUUGGACAGUAUCAUGUCGAUGUAAGGAGCUGAGCUAACCUUUCCACAGAGAGGACCUGGAGUCUAAAAUGAGCAGAACAGUUUAUUUAUUUGUCUUCUCUUAUGCUUGUAUCUCUUACUUGUUUUGACAAUAAAAAUCCUUACUACUUUCUCAAA